AUGGAAAACAAGCUUGAAGCAAAAGACAAAAGCAUUCAGAAAAGAAUACCACGUUCGGUACCAAAAGGUAAGGAAAAGAACUAUAAGUAUAUGAUUUAUACUGAAGAGAUGGAAAAUGAAGAAGACAGAGAUAUGGUUAUGUUGCAUUUAGUCAGAAGAAACAACAAAAGCUUUUACGACCUUGCUAAGAUUUACAAAUCUGACAGAAAUUGGUUCUAUCGCGAAAACUUACCGAUUUCAAUGACACCAAAUGAAGAUGUGAAACAAAUAGUUCAAGAUACUUUACCUCAAACACACUAUGAUAUGAAAGGUUGUACAAUACUUACCUUCAAAGAAGAUUUGCCAUUGUUAAAGGAAAAAAUAACAGAGUAUUUUGACAACUUCAAACAAGCAGAGUAA